AUGUGUACGACAUGCUUUAGCACCGAUUCGGGAGAUGGGGAUGAUUUGAACGGGUUGGAGGAACCUCUGACUGAGGAAGGGGAUAGUGGCCAUGCAGACAGUGAAUACAAAGGAAAGGAUGGUGGUGGAAGCAAUAUGCAUGCUUCCGCAGAGGAUCAGGCAAACUCUGAGAAUGUCAUGGAUGCGUAUGCAAAGGGUAUUGGUUUUGCAGUGCAAAAGGGAGAUUCUAUUAAAGACGAGGAGGGGAAUAUUGUUAGGAAGAUUUUCUACCACAAUCGACAAGGGCUGCGUGAAAAGAAGCAUUACGAGCGAGUUGACAAAAAAAGGACUCAUAAACCGGAGAUGAGAACGAAUUGCAAUGCCAAGCUUGUGGUGUUUCUGGAGAAAAGUUGUAGGAAAUGGCGGACGAAAACAUUGGUCGAGGAACAUAAUCAUGAGUUGGCACCCCAAGAGUUCACUAAUGUCAUGGCUCCACAUAGGAAGAUCCCAGAAGGGCACAAAGCGCAUAUACAUAGCAUGCAUGAAGUUGGGUUCCAAACAACUCAAAUAAUGGACUUCUUUGCCCACAUGUGUGGUGGAUAUCGGAAUCUUAACUUCAUAAGUAAGGACUUGUAUAAUUAUAUGGAUGGAGUUAAGCAAUCCAAGAUCGUCGAGGGAGAUGCAGCGGCAGCAAUAAGCUACUUGAAGGGCAAGGCUGAGUUGGAUCCGAUGGCAGUUGUGCAGUACUCUUAUUGCGCUGAGAAGCACCUUGAGCACCUAUUUUGGUCAGAUGGUAACAUGCAGCACGACUAUGAAUGCUUUGGUGAUGUGUUAGCAUUUGACUCGACGUACAAAAAAAACUUAUACAACAGGCCUCUUGUGAUAUUUUCGGGCACCAACCAUCACAGACAGACAAUUAUUUUUGGGUUUGGUUUGCUAGAGGACGAGAAGAUUCCAUCCUACAAAUGGUUGUUAAGUAGCUUCUUGGAGGUACUGAGGCACAAAGAGCCGAAAUUCGUUGUCACAGAUGGUGAUGAAUCCAUGCGAGAGCCCAUUAAAUGUGAAUUCCCUAAUGCGACACACAGACUAUGCACCUGGCAUCUUGCUCGAAAUGCAGUUGUUAAUAUAAAGGACAAAGAUUUUUGUGCUGUGUUUAAGACUGCUGUGUAUGGUCACUUUGAUGAGGAAGAGUUUGACAGAUAUUGGGUGGACAUGAUCACGUCAUUCGAUUUAGAGGACAACGAUUGGGUCGCAAAGACAUACGAAAAGAUAGAGAUGUGGGCAAAUGCUUAUUUGUGUGAGAAGUUUUGUGCCAGCAUUCGAACCACUUCUCGGUGUGAGGGUAUUAAUUCAUCACUUAAGAAAUUUAUCAAGUCCGGAAAUUGCAUAAUUGAGUUGGUCGAGAACCUGGAUCGAGUAGUUAAAGAUUACCGGAAUAACGAGUACAUUGCAGAUUGCAAGACUCUUUACUCAAAUCUAGUGAUGACAACGGGUCUUGAAACAUUGGAAAGAUCUGUGAGCAAGUUCUACACGAGGGAAAUAUUCAAUGAGGUGCAAAAACAGAUCGAGGGAGUUGGGGCAUUGUUAGUGUUGCACAGGGACAGUAUCGGUGGCACCGAGAAGUUCAUGUUCCAAAAGUAUCGAAAGCCCCAUCAUGUGUACUCAGUUUUCAUGGAUAGAAGUUGUGAUAAGUAUGAAUGUUCUUGUAAGUUGUGGGAGAGAUUAAGGAUACCUUGCUGCCAUAUAUUUUGUAUCCUAAAAGAGCCAGAGAAAGAAGAUUUGCCGAGCCGAUUGGUCCUGCGUAAGUGGUGCAAAGAUGCCAAGGUCGCCAAUAGUAGUAGUCAGCAUGCCUCAGUCAAUCCGACGGAUGGAUUUCGCGUUAGAUACGGUGCAUUGUGGAGUGCCUACCUGUCGCUGUGUUUUACAGCCGCGCAAUGCACGGAAACAUACAACACUGCCAUGACAGAGGUUACCAGAAUGUCGAGGGAGUUUGCAUCUCUAGGUGGCAUAGGCCAAAGGAGCAGUCGUGUUCAAGCAGGGGCGGAUGAAACUCACAUUCUCGACCCAAAGAUUAUCAGGUCCAAGGGUGCACCUCGGGGGAGCACAAAUGCCAAUAACGGGAGGCGUUGUAGGCGGUGUCUUGGAUUAGGCCACGACAAAAGAAAUUGCACGGCCACGGAUGACGAUGUUGUUGAUGAGGAUGGUGGAUCCGACCGUAGGCCAGUUUAUAAUUCCGGAAAGAGGUCACGACAAAACUAG